CGUCGACCGUUAUCGUCCCAUCGAACCGAUCGUCGGAACUGUUACGAACACCUACCCGCUCGCCGCUUUACCGCCGCCGACCGACCGACGUCGUCGUCUUCGCCGCCGUCGUCGUGCUCGCCCACCGACCGCAUCAAACAACACCGGGCACUUGGGUACUCGUACUAUUUUUAUUGCUUUUCUAUUCGCGUCGGAGCAGUGCGUCCCGCGGUCGACUCUACACGUGACAGCCCGCAAGAUGGCGUAUUCUACCAUGAUCAAGGUAACUUUGACGUUGGGCAUUCCUUUUGAUCGCCUAUACGAGAAAAAACGACCUAGCCGAUUGUCGAGCAGUCGUUUCUGAAAACUUUGCCGCAAUAGUACCGGAAUAAUUGUAAUUGUAAACCGAUAAAAUGUGGUUUUCCGGACAUCAUUAUCGUACCGGUAUUUCUCCGAGUUUCUACACCGCGUCCACUUAUCUGUGUUUUUAUAGUACGGCCGAGACGGUCGGGACGAAAUAAUAUGCCAAUUAUUAUAGGCACCGGUCGAACGCGAUCGGAUUCGAAAGUCGGUCUGGUACUUGUUUAAUCCAGUUUGAUUAUAAUCUAAUCCGAUUUAGUUUACCGGAAACGUUCAUUGUGCAUAGCAAGCACGAAAGUACUGUAAAACAAUUUUGUUUUUUUUUUUUUUUCAUACAGGUUACGUUCUAAAUCCCUCUAAAAGCCUAUGGCCGUUAAGUAUCUAGCUAGUAUACCAGACAGAAAUCCGAAAGUGUUUAACUUCUAGUUUGAUAUGCUUUUUUCAAGAACGAUAAUUCGAUACCAACCGAAAUUUGUAAAAAUAACGAUUUACAAACGUUAAAAAUCACCGCGUAUAGGUAAUUUGGAAAUCCUUUACAAUAUUUUCUAGAUGGUUUUUAUCCGGAAACCGUACAAAUCAAUAUAAACGUGACUGUAUCGUAAAAAAAAAAAAUAUAAAAUACGUUAUUUAAGUUUGGAAUAAUAUAUGAUUGUGUUUUGUGAUUGUAAUGAUGACGCGGUCAACGAAUAAUUGCUAUUAUUUUGGUUGUUGACACGGUUUCAAAUGUUAUCCCUUUAUACAUUUAUUAUUACUAUAAUAUAUUUUUAAUUAAAACGUUAACAGUACUAAAAUAUAAAUAGUAAACACUUGUAUACCAUUUUGUUGUCAAAACGUUUAUUCAAGUUUUUUCUUGCUAAUUUUAGUUUGAUUACUUUUUCGAGAACAUAUAAAUUUCAGAUCAAGCCGAAAAACAUUUUUUGUUUAGUAUUUCUAUUUAGUACAUCAAGUAUUUGUGUCAUAUGCUUAAAAGCUACACGUUUUUAUCACGAGAAGAACCUAUUAAAAAUUUUAACUGAACUUUUGAAAAAAAUUACAUUAUUUUGUACACUUUACAAAAUAUUUCUGAAAAUUAUGAAACGUAUGUUAUUUUAUCGGUUCCUGUAUUUCAAUUUUAAUUUUUUAAAGUUUAUCUCGUUUUAUCGUAAUUGAACAAAAAAAAAUUAAUAUUUGAAAUGAAAACACCAUUUUAAAUAAAAAAAAAAAUUUAAUACGCGGUUAGUAAAUUUUAAUGCUAAAACUGUCAUAAUUUAUUGCUAACUCGUGAAAUAUGUAUAUCCAUAUUAAUAUGCAUAUCAUACAAAUAAUAUAUCAACGAACCGGUGGAAUUUUAAUAAGUUUUCUUAACAAUUUUCGCUACAUAGAUUGAUGGAUAUAAAUUUGAAUAAAUCAUGAAAAAGAAAUUAUAUUUUACAUACUAAAUGUAUGUACGUAAUAUUAUUUACAUAUCUUUAUACUUAUAAUACAUAUUGUAUUAGCGACACGUAUUAUUAAAUGGAUAAACCAAUAUAAAUGUACAUUAAUAGGUAUUGUGUUUAUGUUUCAGAAAUUAAUUAUUGCGGUAUGUCUGUUGAGAUUGUGUAUUUGCCAGCAAUAUGAACAGUCAGGACAAGGCGGUUCUUCUUCAAAUGGCAAAUACGGUGCUCUGGGUCAAACAGGAAGAUCAUCUGGAAGGCCCAACGGCGGUUCUGGUGCAAAUGGCUAUGGCUCUACAUCCGGAUUUCCUGGUCAAGGGCAGGGAGCACAAGGCGGCUACGGAAAUGGCUUUAACGGAAACAGUAGGAAUCCAGGAGGUCAAAAUGGCCCUGCAAACUGUGGACCCAAUGGCGAGAAUGGCUUUGGAGCCACCGGAGGAAACGGCAAUGGCGAAUAUGGUAUUGGAAGUUCAGGAAGCGGUAAUGGAGGCUUGGGAGGUAACGGGGGAUACGGAAAUGGAGGUUUAGGAGGUAAUGGGGGAUAUGGAAAUGGUGGUUCAGGAGGUAAUGGAGGCCGAGGAAAUAAAGGUUUUGGGGGUAGCAGUGGGAUUGGAGGCUAUGGAGAUGGAAACAAUGGAGGUUUUUCAGGUGGUAAUGGAGGCCGUGGAAAUAAAGGUUUUGGAAGCAAUGGAGGAUACGGAGCUGGCGGUUUAGGAGGCAGUAAUGGAGGUUUAGGAGGUAAUGGAGGAUACGGUGCUGGAGGUUUAGGAGGUGGUAACGCAGGAUCCGGAGGUAAUGGAGCCUACGGAGCUGGAGGUUUAGGAGGUAGUAAUGGAGGUUUAGGGGGUAGUGGAGGAUAUGGAAAUGGAGGUUUAGGAGGUAGUAAUGGAGGUUUAGGAGGUAGCGGAGGAUAUGGAAACGGAGGUUUGGGUGGUGGUAAUGGAGGUUUAGGAGGUAGCGGAGGAUAUGGAAACGGAGGUUUGGGUGGUGGUAAUGGAGGUUUAGGAGGUAAUGGAGGAUACGGUGCUGGAGGUUUAGGAAGUGGUAACGGAGCUGGAGGUUUAGGAGGUAGUAAUGGAGGUUUAGGAGGUAGUGGAGGCUACGGAGCUGGAGGUUUAGGAGGAGGUAAUGGAGGAUUAGGAGGUAGCGGGGGAUAUGGGAAUGGUGGUAAUGUUGGUAAUGGAGGUAAUGGAGGCUACGGAAAUAGUGGCCCGGGUGGUGCCGCCGGUUUUGGACCCAACGGAGCUGGUAACGGAAACUUUGCUGGCGCCAACGGUGGAAGUUAUAAUCCAAAUCAAAAUGCUCCUCCAGCAGCCAAAGUGAGUUUUAAUUCAUAUUUUGGAAGUUCCGGGAGAAAUGGACGAGGGCAGUUUGGAGGACCAAACACAUCUGGUGGUCGUGGGUCCAACAAUAAUGGCCAAAAUGGUAGAAAUUCUGGAUCUUACGGUGGUCAGAAUGGACAGAAUGGCGGGAAUGCCGGUUCAUAUGGUGGAGGAUCUGGCUCAAAUGGUGGUAAUUUUGGUUCAUCCGGAGAACAAAACGGUUUCGGAUCCGGACAAUACGGAGGUGAAUCUGACAUUGGUGGAUCUGGACAAAAUGGUGGAUUUGGUAAAGGUUCUCCAGGCGGAUUUUCGUCUGAGUCCGCUGGUCAAGGUGGAUAUUAAUACUUCACAUUGUACA